AAAAUACAUCGCCUAUGAAUUUUCCAUACGAUGAUGAACGACCACAGAAGACACGUCACCUGCGCAGCAGCCGGUUCCCAACCGACGUCGUCGCCCACCGUUCCUUCGGCGCCACAACAAGCUGGUGUUCUCCAGUCAGUAUAUUCUUGUCCUCGACGUAAUACCUCCCGGGGGAGUUCCCAGGUGGAACCGGUUCUUCAAGGACAAUGAAGAAAAAUCUGGAGGAUCUGUGGGCUGAAGAUGCUCGUCGCAGUCUCCGGAUAUACAAAAUCAUAGCGGGAAUUAUGGGCGUCUGGCCAUUUACAUGUCAACAGACGUUCUCCAAAAUUCGCUUCACGUCUCUCAUAAUUAUUCUGAUGUCCUUGAUAACUAUGCUUGCGGUAGAUCUCCUUAUCAGGUCUGACAAUAUAAAUGCAACAUUAGAGUCAGUUGUUUUUGGUCUGAGUGGAUUUCUGGGAAUAGUGAAGAUAACGCUUCCAAGAAUUUACUGGAGACACAUAGAGUCCAUCCUAAUUUCGACAGCUCACGAUUGGUCAACAACGACGAGUCCAAAAUUUCGUGAAAUCGUUAAUAAAAGCUCGCUGAUUGGCACAGCAUCAUUUGUCCUUCUACUCGGCGGUUCACUCUUAAUUAGCGGGCUGUUUGGACUGUAUAAAGUCACCCUGAACCUCAGGGUAACCAGUAGAAAUUUGACGGGACAGCACGUGCUGUUCGGUGCCGGCUAUUGGACAUCAAAUCUUCCUUUGAUGGAAAUGACGCCUGUUACUGCCACAUUAUCAGCCACCUCAGCGGACAGUUUGAAAUAUUGUCAAUGA